GAGUUUAAGACAAUAAACAUAUCUGAAUGUGAAUUUCUCGGUCGAAUGACUGAGAAUGAAUGGAAAGCUGUGUGCAAAAGUCUGAUCAACACUGCGCUCACUGAUGGCGAGACGAACUUUGUAGUCGAUCUAUUCAUUCCAUUGAUGGAAUACCACAUCUUUUGUGAAGUUUUAUGCACUGAGUUGAUGACACUCUGCGCCGCUUUUGUAAUGGACGGCCCAAACGGCAUCGGAAAUAUUCCUGCAUUGUUAAGCGCAAUCCUCUGUGCCAGUUGGCCUCGUCAUUUGUCAAAAGCUAUAGACACUAUCAACCCUAUACUAUAUACUUCUGUAUCUAUAGUUAAGGGAUGGCUACUAGUUUUGCAAGAGGACAGUGAGGUAGGUUGUUUCUGUUUCUGUAAUGGUUUGCAAGAAACAAGUGCGGAAGUGAAAUUCUUGGUGUGUGCUCAUUCACUGUGUCUACUAUGUGAAUCUGCUCAGCGUUCAUUGUGGAUGAAGUGGCCUGAAUUAUGCAACGAAAUCUAUUACAUUAUCAAGCCGUCUAUCACCCAUAACCAGCGUUCAUUACCGGGGAGGAUUUUCUGUUGUGUGCUUCCUAUGAAUGUUCUGUUCCAGUUGUCCUGGUUUACUAUUGAAAGAGGUUGGUUGGUGUAA